CUAUAUUUAAUAUUCUCAAGAUUUCAAACAAAAAGAAUAUGUGGAGUUCGCUAUACGUUUGCUCAAUCAACGUUUCACACUUCCAAAAAUCAUCAAGCCAAUCUCACAAUAACACGAAAACUUCACAAACUCGCAUUUCUCAGCAUCGUGUCAGCACAAAGCUAUUCAAUUCAACGGCGGAAACUUGCUGCACGAACCACGUGUCCUACAAUUCCCGAACUUUUUAACGCGGCCGUGUUUCCACCGAGGAAAAUAAACGAGUUCGUUCGAAACAAAUGCCGCGACGUUUCCGAAACGUGCUCCAGCGAAGAAUCAGCGUGGCGCGCAUCGAUUUGACUUCCAAAUGGGACUGUAGAAAGCGAGAUCACGUUCGGGACACCGGUUUUCGAGGUAGUCAGUCGUCUGGUAGCAGCGAACGACAACGAAUCCAUGCGAAGUGAAUUUUAACACGGCUCCAUCCGUCGAUUCCUCUCGUUUAACCGACUUUCCACUCGCGUACUCGCGUUCAUACUAACUUUAAAAUACGCCUCGUGUUUCGAUACUUUGGUAUAUUCUUACUCUUUCUUUUUUUCUACUUUUCUUUUUGUGUUUAUUUAUCUCCGUCGUUCGUUGACCACUAUUAUCGUAGCUUUAUCACGACACUGAUAAAUGGUCCCCUUCUUGCUCGUCGAGAUACGGAAUGGCGCACGCAAUGAGAUGAAUGAAACGUUAAGGAAACAACGAGCUACGUCGACCAUUCUUCGCGUUUUCUUUCACGGUACGAAGCCAGCUGGACGGCUAACGUGAAACAAUGGAGAACAAUCUUGCGAACGAGGUGAAAGAGCUGUGGGUCGUUUACGUUUGGUGGUCAUGCGUUCUCAUUCUGAAGAUGAACGCCCUGACGUGGUUCACUGGGCGAAUGCGAGCCACCAGACGGGUGAUUCACAGCGAGGAGGACAAAAUGUGGUUGACAGGUACCGACAUAAUUUUAUGUCCGACCGGAGGCGGUCACGAGGACGUGGUUCGCGUCAGAAAUGCACAUCAACACGAUCUUGGAAUUGUAAUCCCUUAUCUGCUAAUUGCACCGAUAUGGCUGACUACGUCACCGCUGUUUCCUAUAGCUAGAUUGAUUUUACCCGCUUUUGCAAUAGUUAGCAUAUUACGUACAUUGCUCUACAUUAAAUUCGUGGACCUGCAUCGUUAUUGCAUAACAAUUCUGUCCACCUCGGAACUUUGCAUUCUAACCUACAUGUCCUUCUUAUCUGCGUUUUACUACGCAUCCUGAUCUCGGUAUAGUAAUAUAUGUAUUUCUUAUACGCAGUUCUAGAAACGUGAUCGUUGCAUUUUGAUACGAUAAGUAGCUGCAGCGUUCAACGUGUCUCGUGUCGUGUAAAUCAGUAAAUGUAGACGUUAUCAUUAGUGCGAUUUAUAAAGGCCUCUUUAAUAAAAUUGAAAUAUGAAAGAACAAA